CAACUGGCUUGUUCCUGACCGUGGUUGACGUCGAGACAGCGUUGUAUCGCCCGAACGAAUAGCGAUACUUACCGUGACAACUUGAAUCAUGUACCGCGAUUAUGCAGUGACGCCACAAUCUUCCGAUUCUUCCCUGGCAGACUCGUUGCAAACACUGCGAGUCUCUCCGGAUCCAAACAGUGAGGAAGACGACGCCCCAAUACAAACACUCCCUUCGCUGAGCGAGGAAGACCGACUACGAGUCCAGGGCUCAUCGCCAUCGGAGAUCCGCGAAUGGGCCCUCUCUGAAGCAUCCUUGUUCCCUUUCGGUUUAUACGCCUACCGCCUUCGUGCGCUCUCCAACUCGACCUUGCCCGUGAACAGGCUGCCACCCGAAAUUCUCUUCAAAAUCUUCGAAUUCUUUCGUCAGGACUCGCUUUGUUCGGGCUCGAGGUGGGUCGCCAAGGUCAUGGGCGUAUGCCGGUAUUGGCGAGAAAUCCUUGUCUCUUCCCCCCUGGCAUGGUCCAUCAUUGAUCUCAGAGACACCAUCCAUUUCAUACAGCUCUGUCUAUCACGCUCUGAGGACGUAGAUCUUCAUGUGGCAUUCUAUCAUCCAGUGUCCGAGUCGUGCCUGUUCGCCAUUGAUGCGCCUUCGAUUCCGAACGAGUUUGCUCAGCACCUUCAUCGCAUUUCCCGACUCGAAUUGUCGUCGGAUAGCCUCCUCGGGCUAAACAGAACUCCCUCCUAUCGAUGCUGGACAGUCCGAUGCCACGGCUGACGGAGUUAAGUAUACGGUGUGAGGCCAACGACGGCAUACCACUCCGUCUCAAUAGCACCCAUUUCCCUCGGCUUCAAAG